AAAAAAACAAAACUGUCAGAAUUAAGUAAUUGGUAGAAGCUUUUCGUUUACAACUGCUACAAUGGGAGACAGUCAAAGGUUAGAAGACGGCGUGCAGUGCUAAGUAGUUCGGUUAUAACAACUAAAUAAGGAUCCCGGGCCUUGUUUUGACGUUAGCUUCCGAUAAUGUGAUGCUGUGUUGCUAGCAAACUCGACUAUCGUUUGUUGACUAGCUAGCUCACAGCAGCAGCAUGGAGUGACUGCGCUGGGAAAGAAAACGCCAAAUCAUUUUCUUAUUUUAGAGUUAAUGCUAUCCGCCCGAGCAGUUGCGCUGAGUUUCACUCUAAUAACGGUGGCCAAAACAAUGAAGUCUGCAGCAUCUACGACAUCCUCUGAGUCUCGGGGGCUGCAUGCAGCAGCCAGCCGGGAUACGUUCACUGGUAGCCCACGGAAGAGGCUGCAGAAGCUCCCUGCUGUGCCCGGUUACGUCCCGAACCGAGUUAACGACCUGCUGCUGCUGCGGCCUGAUACAAACAACCAGAGUGCUCCAGAGCCAAAGGAGAAGCGCAAUAACAGGCAUGUUGUGUUUUUCCACGGGGAUAUUCAGAACUUCCAGGAGGAGAUGGCUCUGCAGCCCGAGGGAGCCCAGUGGCUCUCCUGGAGUCUGGAGCAGGUGGCCUUCACCCUGGGCCGACGUUUCCCCGACCGAUACGUUUGGGUGAUCAGAGCCUCGCGCAUGUAUCUCCACAAGUUCAGCUGCUACCACAACUUUGUGGAGAGCAACAUGUUCGGGGCGCCAGAGCACUCGCCGUACUUACCCGACACUGGAGCGUUCCGCCAUCUCAGGUCCCUGCUGAGCCACGGCAUGGAGCGAGCCAACCUAAAACCCCCUCCAGCCACAGGAGGCGCUGACAGCAUCCCCUCAGGGUUUUCACUGGCACUGGUGGGCUUCAGCAAAGGCUGCGUGGUGCUGAACCAGAUGGUGUACGAGCUGGGCGGCGCCCGCGCCGACCCGCAGAUGUCUCCUUUCAUUAAAUGCAUCUCGGCCAUAUACUGGCUGGACGGUGGACACCCGGGGGGCAGUGAGACCUGGGUGACAGACAAGCUGGUGCUGAAGGAGCUGGCUGCCAGUGGAGUGUCAGUUCACGCCCACGUGACCCCGUAUGAGGUGUGUGACCCGAUGCGGGCCUGGGUUGGCCGCGAGCACGGACACUUCAUCAAAACCCUGGAGGAGUUUGGGGCCUGUCCCAGUAAGAAGCUGCAUUUUGAGGAUGAGCCCCCCUCCAUUGAGAACCACUUCAGGGUCAUCGAGGAGUUUUGAGUUUGCUGUGAGCAUGUCUCACACACACACACACACACACACACACACACACACAACUGAUUGGUUGAACAUCACUGAGCGCUUUAGAUGACCUAUUAGAGAGCAGGUUGUGUCUUAUUCGCUGGUCUUACCUCAAUUUCUUGGUGAUUUAAGGGCUCAGACUUUAGAGCAUGUGACAGCCGCUGGUGUGUUGUAUCUUUAUUUCCUUUCUACAGCUAAAUGCACUUAAUCUGAGGUGGAAUGUUCAAGGCGCCUUCCCCUUCUCCCCCAUGGCCCUUAGUAGGAACAUGCAGGUAUGAAAAAAACGGAUCUUGGAUAAUUUUGACACUGUGUCUUCCUGCUUUAUUAUGUUACUCUUCAGACUAAAUGUAAGAUUUUACAUUUGAUUAUGGCUCAGACUUGAGACUUGGAAACAUGAAUGAUUUGUUGUUUCAGUUUGAUUCUGCUUAUAAGGGAAUUUCUAUAAUUUAAGGUGUAAAUGUUGGUGUAACAUUGUGACUUAUUUUUUGGCUAAUUGUUUGGCUGAGGACGAGCAGCUUAUUACAUUCUCCUAAUACCUGCACUUGUGUUGAGCUACUUUUAGACACGUGAAUGUCUGAAUGUCUGAACUCUCAGGUUCAGACUUCAUCAGUCGGUCUCACAGUGGUGAUUCUUGAUUGUACCUUAACUGUGGCUGAAUAAUUAAGCCAAGUACUUGUUCAGAAAGUUAAAAACAGUUCUGUCAUUCCCUCAGCGUGAUCCUGAUGGUGGAUUUUCCACCAGUAAUUUGUCAGAGCUUUUCUGUUUAAUGUCAGCUAGCUGCACUCUAAGAGAAAAAUGAAAAACCAAAGCUUGCAAGCUUUAUUAAGGAAGCAUUCCUUUUCUUUUCCUUUCUUUUUUUUUAUCUUUACCAUAGCCAGCUUAUUAUGUGUACAUAUACAUAACAAAAUCUGCUUGUUAUUGAAUUAAUACUAAUAACAGCUGACAUAGGCUACGUCCACACUAAUGUUUUUGUGUUAAAACAGACACAAUCCGUCCAGACUAACACACCUGAAAACACAUAUCACAUGACCGUUCACGUACACUGGGUAUGCAUUAGCCGGUGUAAACAGGAAGCAGAUUGUCUUCUCUGCGGUUGAUUAGCUGCAGAAAAUACCACGUCGGAGGGACAGCUGUAGAGUUAAAAUACAGAAUUUGCUGCCAGCAAAGACAACAGGGACAGAAACACUUGUAAUUUGUUAUCCGUGAUGCAUUCACUGCUGGUAGUCAAGGCUGAUAAGAGCCAAGCAGGAGGCAAGUGUGGAUGUCUCCAUCUUGUCCAGACCAAAACACCACCCUGGCAUUGGCAGACUAACAUGCGGUCUGCAGUCUCUGUUUCGGAGCAGUGCGGACGGCAGGCGUGAACCUAUCAAAAGUGAUGCCAUUUAAAACUAAGACGAGUUAGUGUGGAUGUAGACACAAUCUCCCCUCAUGGUCCAUUUAGUAGUGGCUCUCCUGGAGCUUUUGAUCAUAUCAAAUGAUCUUCAUCAGCUGAUGGAGUUCAGUUGCUUUGAACGUCUGAUGAAGAUCAUAUGGACCUUGAGGUGAGAUUUUUUUUCAAAUGUGUUUCAGGUUUUUUUAAGUUUAAGAAUAAACUUUCAAACAAUAUAUUAUUUUAAUAAUAACAUUCUUUGACACAUCAGCUGAUUUCAUAACCAACCUCACUUAUGUAAUUUUUUCCAAAUAUUAACUGAUAUUAAUUUGAUUGGAUUUUCUCCUCACAACAUCUUAUGCAUUUUUAUGUUGACACCAUACCAAAUUACCUUUAUAAAUAAAAAAGUAGUAGACAAACUGUAAUGAUGUUUACAAUGUUAACAUUUUUGUUAAAUGAAUUAAGUUGGGAAGUUGCAUUAACAAGAUGAUAUAUCUUAAUUUUCUUUGUCUCAUGGUUGUUAUAUAUUUAUAUAUGUUCUGUACUGUUUUAAUCUGACUGCAGCAAUGUGCACUGCAAUAUGUAAAAAUACAAACACUUGCUAAUUUUGUCUGAGCUGUCUGGUAAAAUAAUGUGGCUUGUUCAGGUUAGACUGCUGGUGACCUGUCAGUGUUGGCAGCAUGCAUAUUCAUCUGUGUAUGAUCUGUGUCAGCUUACAUAGCAUCUUUGCACUGUGCUGAGGCUGCAGCUCAUUUUGCUGAAUGUAACUUCAGACCAUUCCAUUCUGUUUACUACUUGCUGUUAAAAAACCCCAAAAUACAUAAUUUAGCUAGUGCACAGGCAACAUAACAUACAGUGAUUUAAAUCAUCUGCUCACUAAUAAACACCAUGCCACUUUGUCUUGUUAACGCUUAAUGAUGGAGAGUCUGCAGCACAGGUAGUGGAGUCUGAGGAGUCUGUCUCAACUCUCUGGAAUCAGCAGGUGGCAGCAGUGUGGAGGAAGCGGAAAGUAAACUCAACAAAAGACAUUGAAUGCACCAUCAGAUAUUUUCUACAAUGUUUAAUGAGCUUUUUCAGUUUGCUUUGUGAUGCCUACAUAUUAGCCUGCAGUUGAUCAGAAUACAAUACGGAUUAUGUCUCUCUUUUUUUUUUUUAAAGUCAUUUCAGAUGCAAUCAAAAUUCUCAUACAUUAAAAAAAUAUAAAAUGCAAAAUAAACAAACAUUUCUUCAACAUUUA